AGUAUCGCUCGCGGGUAUCAAAGUAUGCAGUCCAGAUGGAAAAUGCGUGCAAAUGGCGCACGCGUUAAGGCGCAUCUCGUACGCAACCUGUGAACCUCAGCACGCUCAAUUCAGCUUCCUCGCCAGAGAGCCUAGAGCGCACUUCAGCAUACAAUAUUGCCACUCUUUUAUCACCGAAUCUGCAGAACAGGCGGAGGAGUUAAACACCAUUGUCGGCAAUGCUUUCCGUAUGGCAUACGUGGCGCAGCUUCAGCGCCAACCGAUCCUUCAAGAUGUGAUCUCACCGCAAUCAUCGCCACCCUAUCGAAAGGACAAACAGGAGAAUCGAUCUUCGUGGAACAAAUCGCUAGCUGGCGACAGCUCGAUCGCCGGAGCGGGAGGUGUUUGCAGGAAUUCGUCGUCGAAUUCGUGGCUAAAAAGUCGGACGUCGCCCACGUCCAGAACUGGAAGCGGCUCGUCUGCGGCGGACAUGAACGUACAGCUCGGCAGCGCCGGCUCGCCCACGCUGCGACUCGCUAGCGUGAAGACACCGAACUCGAUCCCGGGUCUACGGCCGACGCACAGCUUCACGAACGUUCUCGGCCCUAUAACGAACGAGGACGAGCCAAAGAGUAUCUCUCAGCAGAGCACACCGAGCAGCGAUGAGAGCAACUCGCCAACGGAACUGAACUCGUACAAGAGACUAACGGACAAGCCGCCUCUGAUAAAGCGGCUGGCGAUGGGUUUGACAGGUGGACGUGACGUUCUUGGACUGAACGGUGAGGAUGACAGCUGCCCCCUCGUCAGUGGUAGCAGCACACCAACGAGCCCAUCAAACAGGCCGCAUUCUGGGGGUUAUAUAAACGAGGCGAUCAUCGACUCAGAGGGCACAAGGCCGGCGUACAACAAGAUACCCCCGUCUGAGAGUCUGGACAAUACUAUCAACGCGUCUAUUACCGCGAAAAACUUCAACAUUGAAAACAACAGGAUAGGACACAAUUCCCCGAGCUCUGGUACAGAAACAGAAUUCAAAUCGAAGAGAAGAUCUCAGAUCAGUACCUCGAGCAGUUCGGUACCUGCUGAUGGAAGUACACAUGGCUCAACACCAACCCCACCACCUCUUCCUGAAAGAACGGAUAGUCUCAAUAACCGCAGUGAAGAAGCUGAAUUACGCAAAGCUCCCUGGUUCCAAGCUGGAAUACCAAGGGAAAUAACGCUAGAAGUGUUGAGCCAAGAGCCGGAAGGAGCCUUCAUGGUACGAGAAAGCACCAGUAAACCCGGAUGUUAUGCCCUUUCGCUUCGAGUGCCGCGCGAAUUCCAACCAAGCGGAAUAGCCCAUUAUCUCAUAAUGCGUACGAACAAAGGCUACAAAAUCAAGGGCUUUACAAAGGAAUUCACAACAUUGACUGCUCUAAUUACUCACCACUCGGUGAUGCCAGAAUUACUGCCAUGCCCGUUGUCAUUAAGUCGAUACAAUCCAAGCUUUGUGAAAAGCGAUUCCAACAAAGACUUCGCGGACAUCGAUUCGGACCCCGAUUACAAUACCUUAGCCGACUUCCGUAAAAUGAUGGCUGACCUGAACGUCUAGAAUAAAGCUUGCAAUCAGGACGAUCUGGAAAAAUCGAUACUUUCACCGAUGCUCUUCAAACCGAACAGCUAAAGCGAAUUCGGUUCCAAGCGACUACGAGAAAUUGAAAUGCGCUUCGCAAUAGAAUUGUAUACGAGAUCACGUAAUGCGAGUAUAGACACGAAAAAUUCAUGAAAUGAUCAAAGCGUGUUUGCACCGUGAAUUCUAUACAAUUCUCGAUUAAUCGUGUUCGUUAAAGAAAUUAAGUAAAGAAAUAAAGAAAUUUCUCGGCGACACGAUUGAUCGUUUAAUACCACGAUUUAUCGCAUACUCGAGAAUGAAAAGAAGUAUCGUACAUUCGAAUAACUCUGUACGUUCUCGCGGUGAUAUGUAUUCAUAAGUCAUCGAUAGUAAUAGGAAACAUAGUAUAAGUAAUUUAAUGAUCGCCACUAUUCAUGAAAAUAACAGCGAAUCAAAAGUCGGAGGACGCACAGCAGGGAAAUUGAUUCCUUAUCUUAUAGAUUGACUCGCAGGGUUUGCGUUAAAUAAACGAAAAACCGUUGAUAUGAAUUUCACCGAAUUAAAUUGUUGACAAUUUACAAGCGUCACUCUAUUUAUGUGUUAAUAUAACUCGA